CCCGCGUCGUUCAGUUCCGGCCCAAGGCUGCAGCGCUGGAGUUCAAUCCCAGUUUACUCUGAACCAUGUCUCCCGUCCCCUCGAAAUCCGCCGGCUUGCGCCGGGUGUUCGUGGUGGGGGUUGGCAUGACUGAGUUUGUGAAGCCUGUAGAUAAUUCAAGAGACUAUCCUGACUUGGCAGAAGAAGCAGGCCAGAAGGCUUUAGCUGAUGCACAGAUCCCUUAUUCAGCCGUGGAACAGGCAUGUGUUGGAUAUGUUUAUGGUGAUUCUACCUGUGGGCAGAGGGCUGUCUAUCACAGUUUGGGACUGACUGGAAUUCCUAUAAUCAAUGUCAACAAUAACUGUUCCACUGGUUCUACUGCUUUGUUCAUGGGCCGGCAGCUGAUUCAGGGAGGUGUGGCAGAUUGUGUUUUGGCUCUUGGGUUUGAGAAGAUGGACAAGGGGCCCUUGGGAGUUAAAUUUCCAGAUAGGACCAUUCCACUUGAUAAACAUCUUGAGGUCAUGGUCAAUAAAUAUGGAAUGUCUGCACACCCAGUGGCUUCUCAGAUGUUUGGACGUGCUGGAGAAGAGCACAUGGAAAAAUAUGGGACAAAAAUUGAACACUUUGCAAAAAUUGGGUGGAAAAAUCAUAAGCAUUCAGUUAAUAACCCAUAUUCCCAGUCCCAGAAGGAGUACAGUUUAGAUGAAGUGAUGGAAUCUCGAGAAGUUUUUAAUUUUUUGACUGUCUUACAAUGUUGUCCCACUUCAGACGGUGCUGCCGCGGCAGUUUUGGCUAGUGAAGCAUUCGUCCAGAAAUACGGCCUGCAAUCUAAAGCUGUGGAAAUUUUGGCACAAGAGAUGGUGACUGAUUUACCAAGCUCGUUUGAAGAAAAAAGCGUUAUCAAAAUGGUUGGUUUUGAUAUGACUAAAGAAGCUGCCAGAAAGUGCUAUGAGAAAUCUGGCCUGAGACCAAGUGAUAUAGAUGUAAUAGAACUUCAUGAUUGCUUUUCUUCAAAUGAACUCCUUAGUUAUGAAGCACUGGGACUCUGUCCAGAAGGACAAGGUGGAAAACUGGUUGAUAGAGGAGAUAAUACUUACGGAGGAAAGUGGGUCAUAAAUCCUAGUGGUGGAUUGAUUGCAAAAGGACACCCACUGGGAGCCACAGGUCUGGGUCAGUGUGCUGAACUCUGCUGGCAGCUGAGAGGGGAAGCCGGAAAAAGGCAAGUUCCUGGUGCAAAGGUUGCUCUGCAGCAUAAUAUAGGCCUUGGAGGCGCUGUGGUUGUAACGGUGUACAAGAUGGGUUUUCCUGAAGCAGCCAGAACUCAUCAAAUUGAGGCUGUUCCAACCAGUUCUGCAUUUGAUGGAUUUAAGGCAAAUCUUGUCUUUAAAGAGAUUGAGAAGAAGCUUGAAGAGGAAGGGGAAGAGUUUGUGAAGAAAAUCGGUGGUAUUUUUGCCUUCAAGGUGAAGGAUGGCCCUGGGGGUAAAGAAGCCACCUGGGUGGUAGAUGUGAAGAACGGCAAAGGAUCAGUGCAUCCUAACUCAGGGUCUCACAAGGCUGCAAUCAAGGUGUUGACGAGGGCUGAGUUCUCAUCUGGAGGCUUGACUGGGGAAGGGCCCACAUCGAAGCUUCCUCAGAUAAGAAGGCUGACUGCACAAUCACAAUGGCUGACUCGGACUUACUGGCUUUAAUGACUGGUAAAAUGAAUCCUCAGUCGGCCUUCUUUCAAGGCAAAUUGAAAAUCACUGGCAACAUGGGUAUGGCUAUGAAGUUACAAAAUCUUCAGCUUCAGCCAGGCAAAGCUAAGCUGUGAAGAACUCCCUAUGGCUACUUUUGAAAAUCAAGAUGAAACACAUAGAAAUAUAUCCAUAUAUUUCCUUGUUGGAAAUUAGAUUGAAACUAAGUAAGCAUUGGCAAAUAGCCUGGGGUAGAUUUGUUUUUAAAUGAGUGUGACCAAUCCUGUUUUUCCUAAGCUCUGGGUGAAUAGAGCCUGGUGGUGUACUACUGCUUUGCUGAAUUAUAUACAACUGUGCAUUACAAAGUUAAUAUGGUAAUUAUGAUUUGAGGUAACAUUGAGUUUCAGAAUAAAAUUAGGAACAGUAAAAGCCAAAAACUGUGUAAACAAAAGCUCUCAUUUUGCUUACAGAGUAUAUUUAAGGAUUAUUAUGCUGAAGAUUCAAUUUAAGAGUUUUUCUUGGGAGAACUAGGGAAGAAACAGUAUACCAGUAGCUGACCAGUAGUUAGAGUUGUACACUUAAUGACCUUAAUCUGUUUUCCAUUAAUAGUUUUUAAAAUUCUGUACUGGGAUUUUUUUUUUAAAAAGCACUUUUUAAUUUUGUAUUUUAUGCACUCAAAAUGGUAUUUUCUUCCCAAAUCAAAAUAAAAGAAAUAUGAUUAGAGCUUGGGGGAAAAACAUCUAUAGGUGAACACAGGCUUAUUUUUAAAAUGAAAAUAUUUUAGAAAUGGGUUUCCUUCUUGAAAAAAUCAGUGUAUUUGAGUCAUAAAACAACUAUUGUGAAAAAUAACUGAACAAAUAAAAUUUGCUUUGAGAUGCAGUUUUCAAAUUAUAAUCUAUUAAUUUAACUAAAUUUGUAAAGCUCUCAGUUUUUUGUUAUAAUUUUCCUUUUUCAUGUACAUUUAGUUUAAUCGAUUGUCCUCAUCUUUUUUCUUGUUUUUCUAAUGCUGACGUUACUAUUUCUUAUCACUCAAUGAGAUACGGGAUAAAAUAAUGCUUUCGGAAGAAUAUUUAAUAGAAAAGUAAAAUAACUCUGCCUGAUCUUCUUUGUUUUUAUUGUGUUAUGUUCUUUUUGCUCAGAGUUUUGAGGAUUUUCUAGAUAACAGAGCCUAAAGGGAAGCUGGGGGAUUUAUAAGCUGUGGGUUUUCUAGACAUUCUGGUCAUUAUGUUGACAGACUCAGCCGGUCUUGAUUAGGGUGGCGGCAUGGCGUAGCAGGAAGAGCGCUUGACUAGCAGCUAGGGAACUUGUUCUCUUAGGCAAAUAAAUAACUGCCUGCCUCGGCCUGUUUGCUAAAGAGAAAAAGAGGGGGUGGUGUUAAAUAGAUGGUCUCUAAGGUCCUUCAGCAGUGUACAGGGUCACUACGAGUCAGAAGAGACUUGACAGCACCUAACAACGAGGUCCUUCUAGCUCUAAUAAUCAGCGCCAGCAGAACUGUUUGGGAGUUAACCAGGCCCACCUUUCUGUUGUUAACGUGUAACUUCACUCACAGGUGGCCAGAGGUAAAAAGUCACUUGGGUUUAUUUGUUUAUUUGUUUUAUUGGAGCCUGUGCUGAUCAAGCCCACACUGUGAUGAGACCACUUAGCUUUGCAUGUUCUGUGACCAGCAGAACAGCAUUUGGUGAUGCGGCAAGAGGGUGAAUUAAGCCAGUAUUAAAUUGGUCUUAAUUGCCACAAAAUAAACUCAGAACACAUUCCCUACCUCCUAAUUAUAGUAGCUUCUUAAUGAGAAGAAAAAGACUUCAAGGAAAAAGUUCAGAUGAAAUGUUUGAUUUGUCAUGGUUUUGAUUUGUAGCAUCAUACUGCCCUCACUUGUCCUGGAUAACAAUGGAUACCUGAAAUAGGAUGAGUUUACAAAACAAAAACAAACAAAAAAGAAAAGUAAAAACUGGUACUUGGAGUAGAAAUAUAUUCAUAUGUGAGUGUAAUUUAUGUGUACAAUAGAAAGGUACUUGGUGAUGGUAUAUAGUAGCAGUUUACCUCCUAGGGAAGGAAACAAACAGAUUUGGGUUAACACUACUGCUGUCACUAGCUCUGUAACUUAAGCAGGUUGAGCCUCAGUUAUGUCAUCUAUAAAAUGAAGAUAUUAAUAUUGACCCUCUAGGAUCAUGGGAUCUAGAGAGAUAAUAUAUGUAAAGCACCAAACACAGUGCUAGGUACAUUGUCAUUCAGUAAAAUGUUGGUUCCCUUACUAUCCCCACCACCAACUGCUACCACCUGUCACCUCUGUGCUAUGUGAUAUGAUGUCUGUAGUGUUAUGUCCCACUUUUUGAAUUUUUUUCAUUUGUUCAUUUAUUCAUUCCAUUCACGACUAUUUAUUGAGUGCCUGCUACAUAUAAGGUACAAUGGUAGGUACUGGAGAUAGUGGUGAGUUCCUCCCCUGGUUGUGCUUACAGUCCUAUGAAAAAGACAAACAUUUAAUCAAAGAGACAAAAAAUUAUAGACUGUGACAUGCCAUGUAGGAAAUGGUCACAGUACUGUGACAGA